CUCACCAACCCCUUCACCCUCACUCCCACACACCCACUCCACUGCCACUCUUCAAGGCACAUCGGCAGCUGCUAGCCGAGCAGCAAAGCCAGCGAAGAGAUCGAGAAAGCGAGGCAUCAUGGCGGCGACGGCGGUGCAGUGGCCGGUGAUGGUGGCGGCGGCGGUGGUGAUCAUGGCGGCGUGCGUGGGGGCGGACAUGGACGCGGACCGGAGCGAGUGCGCGGAGCAGCUGAUGGGGCUGGCGCCGUGCCUGCAGUACGUGCAGGGGCAGGCGCGGUCGCCGGCGCCGGACUGCUGCGGCGGGCUGAGCCAGGUGCUGGACAAGAGCCCCAAGUGCCUCUGCGUGCUGGUCAAGGACAAGGACGACCCCAACCUGGGCAUCAAGAUCAACGCCUCCCUCGCGCUCGCCCUCCCCUCCGCCUGCCGCAACACCAAGGCCAACGUCUCCCACUGCCCACAGCUGCUGCACCUCCCUCCGAACUCCAAGGACGCCGCCAUCUUCAGCCCCGGCGGCGACAAGGGCGCCGCUGCAGCUCCAGUUGCAGCCAAGGACAACACGGCGUCGGCGGCCAACUCCCGCGCGCAGCAGGCCGCCAGCGCCGGCACCGCCUCCUCGACGGCGACCGCCGGCGUCGCACUGGCGGCGCUGCUGGUCGGCUACCUCGCGCUGCUCCUGCCCGCGGGCUUCCCGGCCGCCGCCUCCUUCUAGUCCAUCCCCGUACGUGCGUGCGCCUCCGAAGGUCGAUCAAGAAGACAAGAACAAGGGGAGCCAGGAACCAGUGACUGGACUGUGUUUGGCAGAAUGAAUGGACGCAUGUUGUAGUGUGUGACAGAGAUGGUAGUGGUGGUAGUGGUCGGUUUGUUUUGGUGUGGUGUUGAACUCUAUGUUUUCGCUAUAUGGAUGACGAAUUGAUUUUUGGAAAAA